AUGUUCGCGCUGCGAUCUCUCCUGCUUCUGCUGCUGCCUCUGUGUCCCGGUCCUGGACCAGGACCUGGGAGCGAGGCAAAGGUCACCAGGAGUUGUGCAGAGACCCGGCAGGUGCUGGGGGCACGGGGAUAUAGCUUAAACCUAAUCCCUCCCGCCCUAAUUUCAGGUGAGCACCUGCAGAUCUGCCCCCAGGAAUACACCUGCUGUUCCAGUGAGACAGAGCAGAAGCUUAUCAGAGAAACUGAAGCCACCUUCCGAGGUCUGGUGGAGGACAGUGGCUCCUUUCUGGUUCACACGCUGGCUGCCCGGCACAGAAAGUUUAAUGAGUUUUUUCGGGAGAUGCUGUCCAUAUCCCAGCAUUCCUUGGUCCAGCUCUUCACGCACUCCUAUGGCCGCCUGUAUUCCCAGCACGCCCUCAUCUUCAAUGGUCUGUUUUCUCGCCUGCGGGACUACUAUGAGAAGUCUGGUGAGGGGUUAGAUGACACCUUGGCAGAUUUCUGGGCACAGCUCCUGGAGAGAGCCUUCCCCCUGCUGCACCCACAAUACAGCUUCCCCCCUGACUUCCUGCUCUGCCUCACGCGCCUCACUUCAACUACUGAUGGGUCUCUGCAGCCCUUCGGGGACUCACCCCGUCGCCUCCGCCUGCAGAUAACCCGGGCCCUGGUGGCUGCCCGGGCCUUUGUCCAGGGCCUGGAGACUGGAAAAAAUGUGGUCAGUGAAGCACUUAAGGUGUCCGUAUCUGAAGGCUGCAGGCAGGCUCUGAUGCGUCUGACUGGCUGCCCCCUUUGCCGGGGAGUCCCCUCACUUAUGCCCUGCAGGGGCUUCUGCCUCAAUGUGGCCCAGGGCUGUCUCAGCAGCAGGGGACUGGAACCUGACUGGGGCAGCUAUCUGGAUGGUCUCCUGCUGCUAGCUGAAAAGCUCCAGGGGCCCUUUUCCUUUGAGCUGGCUGCUGAGUCCAUUGGGGUGAGAAUCUCAGAGGGUUUGAUGCACCUGCAGGAAAACAGUGUGAAGGUGGCAGCCAAGGUGUUUCAGGAAUGCGGGACCCCCCACCCAGUGCCUGCUCGCCACCGCCGAGCACCAGCACCCUGGGAAGAAGCGAGCCGGCCAUGGAGGGCGUCGGCCGAGGAGGAGCGCCCCACGACGGCGGCGGGCACCAACCUGCACCGGCUCGUGUUGGAGCUCCGCGAGCGGCUGGGCCGGGUGCGGGGCUUCUGGGCUGGGCUGCCCUUGACCGUGUGCGAGGACACUCGCAUGGCUGCGGACAUCUCGCAGGAGGCGGCACCCUGCUGGACCGGACUUGGGCGAGGCCGGUAUCUGAAGCCCGUGGUCGGGAGCUCCCCGACCGAGCAGCUCCACAACCCGGAGCUGGAAGGGGACACUUCGGGCCCCGAUGUCCCGACGCGGCGGCGCCGGUUGCAUCUCCGGGCGGCCACAGCCAGGAUGAGGGCGGCCGCGCUCGGACAGGACCUGGACAUGCGCGACGCAGAUGAAGAUGCCAGUGGCUCAGGAGGGGGACAGCAGUAUGCAGAUGACUGGAAGGCUGGGACAGCACCUGUGCCCCCCCCAGCCCGACUUCCAAGACCUCCUCGUCCUCCUCGGAGGGACGGUCCUGGGGGCAAAGGAGGAGGUGGCAGUGCCCGCUACAACCAGGGCAGGAGCAGGAGUCAGGGGACGUCUAUUGGCCUCCAGACUCCACCCAUUCUUACUUUCUUCCCCUUAGCCCUGGUCGUGCUUGGACCUCGAUAA